AUGUCCACCGGUAGGACAUCUCCAGACAAGUGUGGCUUGUACAUAGUGUUCAGCUGCCUCCGCGUGCCACAGCUGGUCUGCAUCAUCUCCGCCUUCUUCCUGGUGCUCGACAAGGGGAUUCGGUGGGGGGACAUAAGUAAUCGGAUCAUGUUCAGCUGGUGCUUCUGUAUCAUCGGUACCCUCACCAUCGUCAUACUGGAAUUAUAUAGGUUCCCGACCGACUUUCCUUUCUGCUGGUACAACUUCUGCAUCACCUAUGCCUGCUAUGCUGCCCUCACCUGCCUCUCGGCCGCCAUCUUCUACCCCAUCACCUACAUCAAGUUCUUGCCUUAUGAUGCCAGCCGAAACCGGGCCAUUGCCGCCACUGUGUUCUCCUGCAUUGCAUGUGUGGUUUAUGUCAUGGAAGUGGCCUGCCUAUGGGAAUGCUACAAGCUCAAGGAGAUCCCCUGCCACGUGCACACCAUGCCAGGCCUGCUGAAGGUGCUGGAGACCUUCGUGGCCUGUGUUAUCUUUGUUUUCAUCAGCAACACCUCCCUGUACACGGACCAGCCAGCCCUGGAGUGGUGCGUGGCCGUGUACUCCAUCUGCUUCAUCCUGGCAGUUGUGGCCAUGCUGAUGGACCGGGAUGAAUGGGAGAGCAGGCUGCCCGUCUCCUUUCCCAUUUUUCAUCUGGGACUGACCUUGCUGUCUAUCCUCCUCCACUUCACUGCUCUGGUCCUCUGGCUGCUCUCCCACUUUGAUGAGAAGUAUGGUGGGCAGCCCCAGCAGUCCAGUGAUGUGAACUGCAUUGAUAGAACUACCAACGGCAUGUGCACCUGGGACCAGUGCCUGGCUGUGGCCAUCCUGACAGCCAUCAACCUGCUGAUUUACAUGGCCGACCUGGGGUACUGGGCCCACCAGGUUUCUGUAGGGGCUGGGGGUCAACCCACAGACUCCUGA